CCCACCACCAUAAUUCCCACCACACGUCCUUCAACUUCAUGUCGAAUCACUGGGGCGGUCCCUCUUCGUCCUCGUACAACAUGCACCACUACGACCUCCCCGCGCUGCACGACGGCCGCGGCAUGUCCUUUCCGGACGAGUACGAGGACGGAGACGAGCUCUCGGAGCUCCCAGAGCCCUCCAUGCCACAGACUGCCGCGCAGAAGAAGGCGGAGGAGAAGCAGAUCAGGCGGCGGAGCAGUAAAGCUUGCGACCAGUGCCGCAAGUCCAAAUGCAAAUGUGAGCGCGUAGGCGAGAACGAGCCGUGCAAGAAUUGUGUCUUGCUCAACACUCCAUGCACGUUCCUCGGCCCCUCGCGCAAACGCGGGCCACCAAAGGGGUAUAUCGACGCUAUCGAGGCGCGGCUACACCAGACAGAGGCGCUGGUCGGCAUCCUCCUAAGCUCCACCGACUCGCGCGCGCGUACUCUACUCGAUGAUCUAUCCUCGGACCCGCUGGCCAAGGAAAUUAUUAACCGUGUCGACAACUCCCCAUACGGUACGAAGGGCCGGCGACGCGGCGCCGACCCAGCUGCGGGCGGUGCGAAUCGCACCCGACACGCCACUCGGCCGCCGUCGGGGGAGCAGCCGACGAACGGGGAGCAGCAGGCGAUGCAGGAGGCCCUGCGCUCCACGCAUCCGUCAAACGAAUGGCAGGACCAGGUCACCGCCAAGCUGCACGCGCUGGGUCGCGGGGGCGGCCACGGGCACGGCCAUUCCGCCUCGUUCGACGAGUCGAGCCUGCGCGACGAGCGCGACAAGCGGCCCUCACUCACCCUCUUCCCACCCACCAGCGCGUCGCAGCAGCGCACGAGCACGACCUCGCCCGUCGACGACCGGCGGCAGCGCCGGCGCUCGCGCUCGCCCGCGUCGCUGUCGUCGCCCUCGCCCGAGGCGUACGGCGACAUGGGCAGCCCGAGCCAGCUCGACGAGAGCGACGACGAGGAGGGGCUCGCGGACGCGGUCGGGCAGCUUAGUUUGAACGAGCACGAGGAGGUGCGCUACCAUUCGAAGGUGAGCGGGCUGCAUUUGCUGGGCGUCAAGGAGCGCUCGGACGGGCGGAGCGAGGGCGGGAUAUGGAAAUUCCCGAGCUCGCGCGUGUGGCCGCCGCUGCCGGAUAACCGCCUCCCGACGAAGCAGGAGGAAGAGUUCAUGACGCGCUUGCCGGACGUCGCGACACAGGAGCACCUUCUUGAUCUAUACUUCACGUACGUGCAUACCGCGCUCCCGAUUAUCCACAAGAAGAAAUUCCUGGAGGACUUCAAGAACCACCAUAUGGACUCUCCCCAGACACAAGGCUCUGACACGUCCUCCCCUGUGCGCACCUCGCCUUAUAGCAGACGCCGGCGGACAGUCCCCGCACUUCUCCUGUUCGCGAUGUUCUCCAUCGCCGCGCGCUACUCGCCUAAUUCAGACUCCCCGCCGCCCCCUCAGGGCGCCAUGUGGCCCGCGGGCGACGACUACCUUGAGCAGGCGAAGCAAAUCCUCGAUUGCACGUACGCGAGCUCGCGUCCGACCACCGUGCAGGCGCUGUUGCUCAUGGGCUACCGCGAGGUGGGCAUCGGUGCCAUGGCACAGGCGUGGCUCUACAUCGGCAUGGCGGUGAGGAUGGCCCAGGACCUGGGUAUGCACAAGAGCGCGGAUAAGUGGCAGAAGAGCGUCGGCACGCUUUUCGGGAACUGGGAGCUGCAGGAACGCAAGCGGAUCUGGUAUGCGUGCAUUAUCAUGGAUAAGUAUGUCUCGACGUAUAUCGGUCGGCCACUUGCUAUCUUUGGGGGCGACUUUGACAAUGGUCUGCCAAGCGAAGAAGAGAUGGAGGAGCUCGAAGAGUGGAAGCCACAUUCGUCAGAGCCUUUCGUCCGAGACGAGGGAGAGCCUCUUCCUCCCCUGACCAUCGCUGCGCCAGGCCGUGUCAUAUCAUGCUUCAACGCUACUGCUAGGCUAUCAAUUAUCUUGAGCAACGUUGUUCAGAUGAUCUACCCCAUUCGGCCGAAACCAGGUCGCUAUGCAGAGGCUCAGCGACUGGAGAAAGAAUUGGACAAAUGGUACCUGGAGCUCCCUGAGCACCUGCGAUAUGAUCCAGCGUCGUCCAAGACUCCCGUACCCUUGCCACAUAUUUUGACGCUGCACAUGCAAUACUGGUGCACCGGGCUGCUCCUCCAUCGUCCUUUCAUACGGCAUCUCACCGAGACGCGAAACAAAUCCCCCGCCUCGGACCACCAGGAAGAGGUGGAUGUGCGUGCGAUCUCACAGAAAAAUUACGACAUGUGUGUACGCGCCGCCAAUUAUAUCACGUCGAUUGUCUCCGUCUAUCUAACGAAUUAUUGUAUCAAACGGUCCUCGGUCUUUUUAUGCUAUUAUAUAUUCACGGCCAGCAUCAUGCACGUUACGACUCUGACGGCGUAUCCGAAUGACCCGCAGGCUCGCAAGGGCCUUCAAAAGCUUGCCGACGCUCUCGAGAAAAUGGGGGUGGUUUGGCCCAGCGCAGCUCGGGCUCGAGAACUGAUUCACGGGUCGAGGGCAUGGGCUAGCGAUGGCGGUCACCCUCAAGUGGAGUACUCGUCUUACCUGCGGCAUAAACGCCCGCAUGACGAGGGUGAAUCCAUCGAGCCCGGCCACCUGCCCAUGGUGGAGUCUGCUCUGCGCCAGAGCUAUAGUCCGUCCAGUCCCCUAGGGUAUCCUUCGGGCGUGGAUAUGCCCUCCAACGAUAACAUGGCCUAUUUCAGCCCCUUCGACCGUUGGAGUGGGGACAGCGGCUUAUCGUUCUCGGGUACACUGUCGACGUCUGUGCUGCCCCAGCAAUACAGCACGGGCCUAGUUGACGAGCGCGUGCCCCCGACGAUGGGUCGCGGGCAGCAACAGCACGAUGGCCAUGGCAAUGGGCGAUACCCCCAGUUUUGGAACGACUAUUCCACAAUGGGGCAACUUAGUUCGACGAGCUACGUGCCCGUCCUGCCUGAAUUGUCCCAGCCACACCAUCACCAGCAGCAACAUACCCCGACCAACACUCAUAGCCAGCAGUCUCCUAUGUACCUGCACGACCAGUACCACAUGUUUAAUAACCUUCCGCCAUCAAACCCAUAAUGUGUAUUUGCUUGCAGCUGUAUUAUACUUUCAACUUGGACCAGAAGUAGUUUCGGGCAUGUUUGUAUCCUGUAGUCAUCUGUGUUGUGGCAUCGUGCAGUAAUCCUAAUCUUUCUUUCACCUUCCCCC